AGCAAUUACUCUCACAGACCGCCGUGUCACCUGUUUCUCUACACAGACAUUAGAAACUGCAUGCAGGGGAAGCAGCUGGGAUUGAAUCAGCGACAAAAUCAGGAUGCAGGAGUAUGAUGUGAUAGUGCUUGGAACUGGAAUUAAGGAAUGUGUCCUAUCUGGCCUUAUGUCUCUGAGUGGGAAAAAGGUCCUUCACAUCGACAAGAACUCUUACCAUGGAGGAGAAAGUGCUUCCAUUUCUCCCCUCGAGGAGCUGUACAGGCGGUUUAAGGUUCCAGGGCCUCCUAAAUCGAUCCGACGAGGGAAAGAGUGGAACGUGGAUCUCGUUCCCAAGUUUUUUCUUGCCACUGGCCAGCUGGUAAAGAUACUGGUGCACACUGAGGUGACUCGCUAUCUGGACUUCAAAGUUGUUGAAGGGAGUUAUGUGUUCAAAGCAGGCAAAGUGCACAAAGUCCCUGCCACAGAGGAGGAUGCACAGAGCUCAGAUCUGAUGGGCAUGUUUGACAAGAGGAGGUUCAAGAAGCUGCUGCACUUUGUCCUGAACUUUGACACGAGAAACCCUCGCACUCACCAGGACGUGGAUCCUGAAAAAACGACCACACGAGAGCUGUUCAGCCGCUUUGACCUGGGACAGGACGUCAUAGAGGUCACAGGUCACGCCAUAGCCUUACACUCCAGCGAGAGCUACCUGGAUCAGCCCUGUUUGGAAACUAUCAACCGGAUCAGGCGGUACUGCGAGUCUUUGUCCCGCCAUAACAGCAGUCCAUACCUGUACCCGCUGUACGGCCUCGGCGAACUACCGCAGGGUUACGCCCGACUGAGUGCAGAGUACGGAGGAACCUUCCUGCUGAACAAACCAGUGGAUGAAAUCGUCAUGGACAACGGCAAAGUGAAAGCUGUCAAAUCGGAUGGGAAGGUUUUCCACUGUAAGCAGUUAAUCUGUGAUCCCAGCUACGUUCCUAACCGGGUCAGGAAAAUGGGACGUGUCAUAAGGGUUAUCUGCUUAUUAAAUCAUCCGGUUAAAAACACCCAUGAGGCCAGCUCCUGUCAGAUCAUCAUCCCUCAGGCAGAGCUCAACAGAAAGUCAGACGUUUACAUAUGUGUAGUGUCCUACAGUCACAGUUUGGCCUCGGACGGGAUGUACAUCGCCACAGUGAGCACAACUGUAGAGACCAACAGUCCAGAGAAAGAAGUGGAGCCGGCCCUGGAGCUCCUGGAACCCAUCAUGCAGAAGUUUGUCUCCGUCACCGACGUGCUGGUUCCAAAUGAGGACGGAAGAAAGAGUCAGGUAUAGAGAGGAGCUACCAGAGGCAGUCACAGUUUUACAUACACCAGUCAUCAGCAUGGAUGUCUAAUUCAUUUUGGGCUCUCAGUGACUUUUAUUAUAUCUUGAACAACAAACAACUGAAAUAAUUUUUGAAAAACACAAAUUUGUAUAAUUUAUUUGUAUAAUCGAUUUCCAGCAUUGUUAAGGUCAUUCUACAAACUUAAAAUCAGCCUGUUGUUUCCAUUGAUGUGUAACUGGGAUCGUUGUCCUGCUGGGACUCGACUGUGUCCAACCAGAAACCAUCAAACUGCUUAUUUACAGUCAAGUUGAAGAACCUAGACAUAGCCCAAAAUAUUAGCGGACUAUAUAUACUGCUCAAAAAAAU